UAGAUCGAAAGUACCUGUCAAGUAAUUUUCUGCUGGUUUAAAAGACUGGCUCUUUUAUUAUAACUCUGAAGUAGUUUAGCAAGAUAUAAUUAUUUUCCCUUUUUAGUACAUAUAAAUUAGCAAUUAUGUAAAAAUGAUGUAUUUAAUCCCAAAAUUUCACUCCCUGUACCACAGAAUGCAAGGCUUAUGGAGUAGUCAUAAACUCAUGUGUAAAGAUGAUUAGAAAGCAAGAGAUAUUUGUUGAAUGAAUUUUUGUUAUGUAAAAUCAGUUUUUACAAAUAAUUAUUUUUCUACUGGUCAUAUGCUUUUAAAAUAUGUAUAACCAUGUACUUGCAUGCUUUCACACUGGUAGUAUCUAUAUACUAUAACAAGGAGGUUCUUUUCUGACAUUUUUGAUUAACACAUUUAACAACAGCUGUGAAAAAAAUCUCAGCUCAAAUAUGAUCUGAGUGAUUUAGCAAUCAGCACUUGUCACAUUUAAACAAGUCCUCUUACAUAUUGGCAAUCAAGCAUUCCAGAUGGUUCUCAAAUAGUAAAUUGUGCACAAUCCUGAAAAAAUUCAUUGGAAUACAGCAGUUGAUUUUACUGGUUUAUUUUGCUUUAUUCAAAGAUGUCAUUAUUUGAAAUAUCCUGUAUAAUUUGACAUAUAUAUCCUAAUGCGUCUUAAAAAAUUAGUUCUAAACUGCUGAACAUUAAUUCACUAACUAAAAUGACUUGUUUAAAUGUGACAAACUAAAUAAACUAUUUUCAUGUGUUAAAACUGUUUAAAUUAUUAUAACAUUAAUUUUUAAACUAAAGAAAUUCUUUUUGCUAUUUUAGUACAUUUUAUACUAGAAAUAAAAUAUUAAAUUCAAUGUUUUUCUUUCAUCAGGCUAAUGUAGUGUUCAUAAACGUUGCCAUUUACAUGAUGUGUCGUCAUGCAAAUUUAGUAACUGCUCUCAAGAAUAAAGAACAUGCGAAAUUGACCAAUUUGAGUGAGGAUCCCAACUCACAACAAAGAAUUGUUAUUAUGGCAUGGAUUCGUGGAGCAAUGGUUUUGAUAUUUUUACUGGGCUUGACAUGGACUUUUGGAUUAUUAUAUUUGAAUCAGGAAUCUGUUGUAAUGGCUUAUGUAUUUACAGUGCUCAAUAGCCUUCAGGGUUUGUUCAUUUUCAUCUUCCACUGUGUCAAGAAUGACAAGGUACAAAAAGAAUAUCAAAAAUUUGUCAGACAAAGACAAUGGUUACCUUAUUGUUUCAAAAGAACAAGAAAUCAAGAAAGAAAAUCAAGUUUCUAUGUUCAGUCAAAUGGCACAGUGUCUGCACCACCAACCUCUGGAGAUCAAAGUUCACCUCGUCAAUCCUGGAGUUACAGAAAAGAUAGAAAAUCAUCAACUAGUACUUCAGUUUUAAAAUCAAGUUCACAAGAUCAGAGUCAGCAGCCAAUAGCUUUUCAACAUGGACAAGAAAUGACACUCCCGCACAACAGAUCUAAUACUUGCGGACGUUCUUUUCAAAGAACCCGCCAUCUCAAUAAGUCUCAUUGUGGUAAUAUAGAUGAUUUGUCAAUGGCCGAUUGUUCAGUAAUUGAUUCUGAAUGUGUCACAGAAUAUUGUAAUAAGUUAGGAGUAGCAGCAGAUAUUCAAGGUCAACCUUAUGGACAUCUCUCAGAAAACAACAAAACUCAAUGCAUGGGUGAUCAUAUUUAUGAAAGUAUUGAAGACGAAGCACUACAAGAUGCUCAUAAAUCAACAAUGGUAAGGUGCAAGCCGUGUCAGGGGCACAUACGUCACCAUUCCAGUGCAAGCCACAACUCUUCUGCUAGCAGCAAUGCUGAGCCCGAUCAUCAUCAUCCUCUUCUGCCGCCAGCCCUACCGGAGAGAAAUGCCAUCACUUCGUUGGCACAUGUAUUGAAUUCUGUGCCAAGACAUUCUUCUCUUCCAUCUUCACGAGAGAGACACCGCCGAGUCAACCAUUUGGCCAUUCAACAUCGAGAACCAGUAGAUUACGAGCGGGCGACCAGCAGUAUGCCAGAAAUAAAAGACCAAAUCUCUGUUAGAUCGUCCAUUAGCAGUGCUUCGGGAACAAGUGUAUGUGACCCUUGUCAAACUCAGUCUGCUGCAAACUUCCAAUCGAUGGAAGAAUUGGUACAGUAUCCAGUUGGUCAUUCGGAUGUGACGAGGUAUUCUAGUGAUAAUGUUCAUUUAAUGGCAGUACUGGAAGACAAAGGAGUGGUAAGCAGGUUACACGGUGACGGAACACAUCGUAACUACAACUGCCACAAACUGAGUCAUCUCAGUACAAACUGCUAGCAUUUUCUGUAAAUUGCAUAAUCAAACAUUUAUAUGUGUAUAUGUAUGUAUGUACUGUAUGUACGUAUGUAAAUUUGUGUGCGCACAUCUGCAAUAUGCCCAUUUUUAAAAAUUUGAUUUUCCGUUCUCUUUCGACUUCUCUUAGAAUUUUAGUGCCAUUGCUGCACUUCUAAAUAAUUGGCAAUACAGUGUCAACAUUUUACCAAGCAAAAGUUUAUAUAGAAACAAUUACAUCAUCUAUUUCUCUAAUUCUGUAAACUUCAGACAGACGAUCAGACAUUUUCAAAUGACAUUUUUAUUUUCUCGGCUCUUCCACUCAAUACUUCUAGAUGUCUCGUAUGUUCCCGACACGUGCCAUACUCUUGAUUUACUCGACAUUGUUUUCACUCUGUCCACCAAAGAGAUGUUGGACUAUGGUUUGUAAGUUCUUUGCCUCAAAUGUUCAAAAGAGUCUUGAUCUCAAAGGAUUUUGCAAACAAUGAAUUUAUGUAUGCAUGUUUGUUAAUGGGAUUUAAAAUGACUGUUGUACAUAUAUAUAUAUUACACGACUUUUGGUGGCAAUAUGUAUCUUAAUGUACAUUUGUGUCUUUCUUUGUUGACAUUGCCGCCAGAAAAAGCGGUGUGGAUUAUUUCGAGAGUACUUUAAAUUUCAUUGGUGAUUAAAAUCGACCAUCCGAAAAAUUUUAAUUUCGAGACAAAAAACAUUUUUGUUUAACUAAUUUAAGUUAUGAAAAUUUUAUUUGAAGUGUAUAUUCAGACAAACUGAGAAUAUUUAGUAAAAGUAAUUUAUUUAACUAAUGUUACAUCCAAAAAUUUCCUAGCUUUUUUAAAAUAAAU